AUGAGCAGCACUGGUGGAAGCGGUGGUGUCACUGUCGACGAGUUGAAGACGAAAUGUUUCCUGAUCUUGCGGACUUGCAUUUUCGUGAGUUUCACCUUGUUUUAGAGUGGAUUUUUGGGGUUUUAGGGGCGCUAGGACAAAUGCGGUUUUUGGACAUUUGCGGAUCUGCGGUUUUUAGACACUUGCGGAUCUUCGGUUUUUGGACACUUGCGGAUUUUGGACAUUUGCGGAUUUUUUAAAGGGUUUUUUUUUUAAAUUUAAUUUAGUUGUAGUAUGGUACUAAAUGGUACUAAAGUUUAAAUUGGCACUGUCUUAAUAUUUUUGUUAAUGUUAAAUAGUACUAAAUUUUUAAUAUUUGUUAAUGUUAAAUAGUACUAAAUUUUUAAUCGGUACUGUUUUUAUAUUUUUGGUACUAAAUAGUACUAAAAGCCCAAAAAGGUACUGUUAUGUUAAAAUCGUACCAAUUCAAACUUUAGUACAAUUUAGCACCAUAAUACAACUAAAUUAACUAAAAAAUAAAAAAAAACCUUUAAAAAAUCCGCAAAUGUCCAAAAUCCGCAAGUGUCCAAAAACCGAAGAUCCGCAAGUGUCUAAAAACCGCAGAUCCGCAAAUGUCCAAAAACCGCAUUUGUCCUAGCGCCGUUUUAGGCUUAUUUUUGAGUUUUAGGCUUAUUUUUGUUUGUUAGGCUUAUUAGGCUUAGUUUUGGUAAUUUAAGCAUGAAUUUGAUAAUUUCUGAAUUUUUAUAGUGUUAUGCUUUAUUUUACGUCAUUUUCAGUGCUGGACCAUGUCGGUGGCGUUUUCCCUUCUCGGCUUCUUGUUGAUGAUGGUCAUCUGGGGUGGUGGCGAAUACGGCUGUGAUCGUGGUUACAUUGAGGAUGGCACUUACUAUUGUAGUCAUUCGCCUGUGUUCUACGUUGCUCCGGCAGUCAUUAUCGCGGCGUGGGUGGUGUACGCGGUUUACUGCGUAAUGCUGAUCAUGGGCAAGAACAUUAAUGACAAGGUGGACUUGAUCUGGAACAUUGUCACUAUGGUCAUCACGAUUCUUGGCUGGAUUUUGGGCUUGAUCAGUUACUACCCCGUUUAUGGUGUAAGUUGGAUUUUUUUGAAUUUUGAAAAAAAUUAUUUUUUAUUUUUUUAAAAUUAUUUUUUAAUUUUGUGUAUUUUUUAUUUUUAAACUAAUUUUGUUAUUUCAGGGUUUCCUCGUCGUCGUCGCCGUCAUCAUCUACAUCAUCUGCCAUUUUGUGAUUCGCAAGAAGAAUUGA